GACCCCCCAAGUAUGUCACACAUACGAGGUAUGUGCCAUCAUGAUUCAUCAGACCUUGGCUGUGGUGUGUCACUGGUGUGGCAAGUGCAACUGGGGUGUGAAACUGAUAUUUAACUGGGUCUCAAAUUCUCUGGGCACUGGGAAACGCAUUUCGUUAUUACACAAAAGUUAGCCUACCAUCACAGUCAUCAAGUUAAUCAAUUCUUGGGCUCCAUCUUCUAUUAACACCCCGUUCAGUUAUCCUGCGUUUCUGACGUUCCUUUUUCACGUGCGCCAGUGGAGGCUCACUUGGUCCUCAUAACUCAAGAUACUCUACGGCAGAUAUCAUCAACACCAAUAUUGGCCCCUGCUUGCCGAGAUGUCUAAAAAGAGGAAAACGCCGUCGGAUGGCAACGUGAUAAAGAUCGGGGAUAAGACCAUCUCUUUGGAAGGGUACUUGACGAAAAAACCCCGCGAGCAGGCAGCUGAACCAGCACCGGAGCAAGAUCCUGUCGCCAAGGAUGCGCAGACCAAGGGGCAGCCAUCGACAUCACUGCCCUCUGACGCUGGGAAAGUAGAGCAUCGCACAAACUCUUCGUUAUCCAAACACUUAGCGGGUGAUCCGCAGUAUUUUGCGACCAGGCAAGCUCUCCCUCUAUGGACUCGCCAAGACGACAUCCGCAGGAUUUUGCGGACCAAGGAUGUGCUGGUCCUGGUUGGUGAGACAGGCUCGGGCAAGAGUACGCAGGUGCCCCAGUUCUUAUAUCAAGAAAAGUGGUGCCAGAGGAGGCGGGUGAAGAUCAAAGCGGGCGAAAGCAGCCAGGAAGUUGGCGUGGGAGGCAUGAUCGCUAUUACACAGCCGCGGAGAGUUGCUGCAACGACGCUUGCACAUCGCGUCUCUCGAGAAGUAGGUACGCCGCUCACUGGGCAGAAAGAUGGCCGGGGCGGCAGCCGUCCGGCCUGGAAGGGCCUUGUGGGCUACUCGGUCCGCUUCGAUCACCGAGUUCCGCCUGGCACCCGGAUCAAGUUUCUGACCGAAGGCAUGCUCCUUCAAGAAAUGCUUCGCGACCCUUACCUCAGGCAGUACAGCGCCGUGAUCAUCGACGAGAUCCACGAGCGGAGCGUCGAUGUUGACCUUCUCUCCGGCUUUCUCAAGCAGAUCAUCUCGGGUGACAAGGCUGGCCGUGGCGGGAUCCCACUCAAGGUUGUCAUCAUGAGCGCUACGGCCAACGUGGAAAGCAUUACAAAGUUCUUCUCUGAUACGAAGUCUGGAGACUCUACCAGCGGUCCUAGCUCAGAAGCCGCGUCGAAGACCGGCGUCGAGUGUCUGAAGAUCGAGGGGCGACAGUUUCCCGUCGACAUCGUCCACACGCCGGAGCCCGUGCCGGAAAUCGAUCAAGCACUCGUCAAGCUCGUCUUCAAGAUACACAGCAAAGAAGCACUCUCGGACAAGCACGGCAGAAAGGACAUCCUAGCUUUCCUAACUGGUCAAGAGGAGAUCGAGGCCGUGCAGAGACUUAUCGAAGAGCACGCCUCAACGCUUGCCCCCAACCUUCCCAAAAUCAAAGUCUUCCCUCUGUUCGGACAGCUCUCGAUAGAGGCGCAGCAGGAAGCCUUCCAGCCAGUCAAGGGCGGCUUCACAAGGAAGGUUGUUCUAGCCACUAACAUUGCCGAAACAUCGGUUACGGUGCCUGGUGUGCGCUAUGUUAUCGACUGUGGCAAGGCAAAAGUGAAGGAGUUUCGACCGCGGCUCGGCAUGGAGUCGCUGCUCGCCAAGCCGAUCGCAAAAUCGUCUGCUAUCCAGAGGGCUGGUCGAGCCGGGCGUGAAGGGCCUGGGAAGUGCUUCAGGCUUUACACCAAGGAGACGUAUGAGACGCUGCAGACGACAAGCCUUCCGGAAAUCCUACGUACCGACAUCCUCAGUGCGAUCUUGACAAUGAAAGCAAGAGGGAUUGAUGACGUCUUGUCGUUCCCGUUGAUGGAUCCGCCGGGGCUCGAGUCUGUCGAGAAAGCUCUUGUACACCUCCACAUUCUCGGUGCUCUCGACGAUGACGCUUCGAUCACGGAGACGGGACGUAAGAUGAUGUUGUUCCCGGUCACGCCACCCUACGCCCGGGUCCUCUUGGCAGCCGCUGAGCAGCAGUACGAUUGCCUGCUAGAGACCAUUGACAUCAUAUCAUGCAUCACCUCCGGCGAGGAUAUCUUCCUUCACCUACGGUCCGAGGAGGAGAAGGAGGCGGUGGAGGAGCACAGGAAAGAACUCUUCCGCCGUGAGGGCGAUAUCCUCACCUACCUCACAACGAUGCAGCUCUACACGGCCGAGAACGCCGACAGGACACGGUGGUGCCGGGACCGCAAGAUCAAUUUCAGGAAUAUGAAGCAGGCUAUGAACAUCCGGAAGCAGCUCCGGCAGCUCUGUGCGCGGGAGGGCUUGAUGGAGCUGCCGCCGCCAGAUCCGCAGCCGUUCACGCCAACGUCCCCGGAGAAGGCGGAGCUUAUUCUGAAGUGCUUCCUGAGGGGCUUUGCUUUGAAAACAGCGCUCCUGGCGCCGGAUAGCAGUUACGUCACCUCUGCCGGCAAGCACACUGUGCAGAUCCAUCCCUCGAGCGUCUUGCACGGUCGGAAAGUGGAGGCCAUCAUGUAUCUGGAGUACGUGUACACCCAAAAGAACUAUGCGAAGAAGGUCAGCGCAAUCCAGGCGGUGUGGAUAGCAGAGGUUUUGAAUGAAUAAGGUCCCUUUAAUCUUAGAUUCCGGGGGGGCGGGGCGGGAGUUCUACGCUCCCUCACUUGGUUGGGUUUCUUGAUACUCAAUAGUGUAUGACUGAAGUACUCACACCGUGUGGGACCAUCAGCGCUGCGCAUCGAGCAAAUCGGCAACACGCCGUAAUGGAACUGGGACUCUGAACACUGC